UGUUCUACUUGUAGAACGUAAUCGGUCACCAUAGGAACCGGGACCGAUUAGGUGUCAACCCUUUCGAAAUUCAUGAGUGCGCUUUUUCAGAUUUUAUGCAGCUACCAAAGCAUGUAACGGAGAGGGAUAAUAACAAUGGACUAGCUUGCUAGCUAGAUCUCAACAAAUGUAUGGAUCCUUAGACUUCAGUUGUGCAUUGUUGUACAAUUUCGGGGCUAAACUUCCUCGCCUGAAGAACAUUAUAGGGUGUUAUUAGCCAACAUGGCUGAGGACAGCGAGUGGGUUGUGGAGAGCAUCGCUGGAUAUUUGUCAAGUCCCGAAUGGGUCAUACCAGUUACGGACUUCAUGGAAAACAAAUGUACAGUUUUUGAUGACGAAGAUGAGAAUAAAUUGACUUAUACAGAUAUCCAUCAGCAGUACAAGCAUUUGGUGGAGAAGUUGUUAGAAACCUACAUGCAAGAGGUUGGCAUCAAUGAGCAGCAGUUUUUGGAGGCAUGCUCCUCUCCUUUCGCCAAGUCCAAAACCUUACAGGCUGUAUUCCAUCCCAUCCUGGCCACAGAUGACUUCCAGAUGUUCAGGGCUCUCAUGGUACAGAAGAAUAUAGAGCUGCAGCUCCAGGCGCUGCAUGUCAUUAAAGAGAGAAAUGGCGCUCUGCCUGAGUGUCUCACAGAUGGAGCAGAUGUGAUGAGUGAGCUGGAGCAGCAGGAGCUGAAGAUUCUUCAGGAGGUGCUCAGGAUGUCAAAGGAUGAGUAUGACCAAGAGAUGGCUCUGAGAUUGCAGUCAGAGGAGGAGAUUGGCUCCACGUCCAGAAGCUGCUCUGAUAGGCCACUUCUAGAAGCAGACAGCAUCCAGACGACCGCCUCCACUCAACAGACAAACACCACCAACAAGGUGGGGAACAGUGGGGGCCAACAGCCCUCUGUCGCUCUGGUCAAUUGCAAUGCAACCCUGAAGCCUGCUGUAGCUGGAGGUGGUGGGCAGAUUAGUCCACCCAAGACCAGCACAUCUGCCCUUUCUAAGUUGCCAUCAGAGCGGCACAGUGCAGAGCCAAGGAUCCUGCCUGCAGUGAGGGUUCCAGUGAAGGGCACUGAGCCUCCGGCUGUCUCCAGGGAGAAGGGGAGCAGCAGCCAGGCAGCAGAGGGCUGGAUAGAGGAGGCACGUAAGGAGGCUGGCAUCUCCAAGCCAUUCACAGAGUUGUCAGCAGAGCAGCAGGAGCAACUCCAGCAAAGGGCACUGUACCUGAGGCAGCAGAGGGACAAGCUUCAGGCCAUGAAAAAAGAACAAAGACCCAAACCAGCCACACCAGAAACCCCAGCACCCACUCCCUGCACACCGGACGAUGGUCCCAAAAUGAACGGGGGUGGUGCUAGUAUAAAGGAAGAGAGGGUCAAUGCACCCCAGCCUGUGAGCUCUCCUGUGGGGGGACAGGAGAAGCAGCCCAAGGAGAUCUCUGUCGAAGAAAAAAAGAAGUUGCAGAAAAGAAAACAUCUGGCAGAAAAACUGAAAGAGGAAGUCAUCAAAAAGUAAAACUGCAGUAUAUCCCCCCAGAGUGUAACUGUAGUCAAACUGGACCAUCAAUUCAUUGGGAAGCUGAGAUGGACUGUGCUUGUGAAGGGGCAACAGGAAAUGUGCAUUUGUAAUGGAAUGUAGUAUUUCAAUGAUUAUUGAUAGUCUUAAAGGGAAUGACACAUUGGUUUCCUUACCCUAUAAGCAGUCUAUGGGCAAGGUGACAACAAUCCAUGCUUUCGUUUAGUUGCCCUGGCACUGAUUUGGAAAUUAUGCACAAACUAUUCUAAUAUUGGUCCUAUGACUUGAAUAUGAUUUGUUCCACAAAUGCUUAAAUGUUAGCAUGUGGUAACAGUGCCAGGGAAACUAAACCAAGGUAUGAAUUGCUGUAAUACCUUGUUUAUAGACUGCUUACAGGGUAAGGAAACAAAUGUCAUUUUGUAAUUUGGGUGAACUAUCCCUUUGUAUAAUAUGUGGUUUAAUAAAUACAUUUAAAAAAAAAAGUAAAUUCUGCCAGAGAUCUUGUGUAAUAAACCUACUGGUCUGUGACAGGUGCUUAGCACGAAAAGAUGCAAUUAACUAUCCAUGCUUGUAGAUAAGAUGCUCUGAGGUAUACAUCCUGUUAAGUAUGAAUAGGCAUUAGGAAAUGAUCAGCACACAAAUAUACAAACUUUACUGUAUAUGAAAAAUGUAAAGGUUGUAGCAUUAACACAAUUCAGAAAAAUAAGCAGGUUGUUCACAUUUGUAUUGCAGGUUCAGUUCAAUGUAUAUAAACCCUGGAUUGCUGAUGCUAUGUAUUGGCCAUUGAGAACUUUGAAGCCUCUGGUCGGCCGUAUUGGCACUCCUCCAUAGAAUUUUGGUAUUUCAAUUAAAUGUUAAAUACAUGUAA